GGAAAUAGUUUUUAUGAAGUGGUGUUUAAAUAUAAGGCAGAUGUUUUCUCAGCUUUAAUUUUCUUUCUUUCUGUCCCUCCCUGGGCUUUUUUACAUUUAGUGUUGAGAGGCAAAAUGGUCCAUGCUGAAGCAUUUUCACGUCCCCUGAGCCGGAAUGAAGUGGUCGGAUUAAUUUUUCGUUUAACCAUAUUUGGUGCUGUAACAUAUUUUACCAUUAAAUGGAUGGUUGAUGCCAUUGAUCCGACCAGAAAGCAGAAAGUAGAAGCUCAGAAACAGGCUGAAAAACUAAUGAAGCAAAUUGGAGUGAAAAACGUCAAGCUUACUGAAUAUGAAAUGAGUAUUGCUGCACAUCUCGUAGACCCACUUAGCAUGCAUGUAACCUGGAGUGAUAUUGCAGGCUUAGAUGAUGUUAUUACAGAUUUGAAAGACACUGUCAUUUUGCCCAUCAAGAAGAAAUAUUUGUUUGAGAAUUCCAGGCUCUUACAGCCACCAAAAGGAGUACUUCUCUAUGGCCCUCCUGGUUGUGGCAAAACACUGAUCGCCAAAGCUACAGCAAAAGAAGCAGGUUGUCGAUUUAUUAAUCUCCAGCCUUCAACACUGACCGACAAAUGGUAUGGAGAGUCUCAAAAACUGGCUGCUGCUGUCUUCUCCCUUGCUAUAAAGCUCCAACCGUCCAUCAUUUUUAUUGAUGAAAUAGAUUCCUUCUUACGAAGUCGAUCGAGUUCUGACCAUGAAGCUACAGCUAUGAUGAAAGCUCAGUUCAUGAGUCUGUGGGAUGGACUGGACACCGAUUAUAACUGUCAAGUAAUAGUGAUGGGAGCCACCAACCGUCCUCAGGAUCUUGACUCUGCAAUCAUGAGAAGAAUGCCGACCCGGUUUCACAUCAACCAACCUGCUCUGAAACAAAGAGAAGCAAUCUUGAAGCUGAUUUUGAAAAAUGAAAAUGUGGACAGGCAUGUGGAUCUCCUAGAAGUUGCUAAAGAGACUGAUGGCUUCUCAGGCAGUGAUCUGAAGGAAAUGUGCCGGGAUGCAGCACUCCUCUGUGUCAGGGAAUAUGUUAAUUCUGCCUGUGAAGAAGAGAACCAUGAUGAAGAUGAAAUUCGGCCUGUGCAGCAGCAGGAUCUCCACAGGGCAAUUGAGAAGAUGAGAAAAUCGAAGGAUGCCACACUGCAGAAUGUUUUGAUGCACGCUAGUUUAGAUUAAGACAAAAGAGUGUAUUUGCAGUUUCUGAUGUGAUUUAGUUUGACUUCUGUAAUCAGUUAGCAAAAACAAUGUCAGGGGGUGGGAGCGGGGAUGUUCCUUGAAUAAGGGAGUUCUGUUUCUGAAAUUGUUUUUAUACAACAAAUUCUAAGUUAUUGAAAUUCCGUCAUGCGCAACUAGAAGUGUAACAAUAGAUCAUGAAGUGGAACAAUUAUAGCCCAGACCAAGAGCAACUGCCUGUGUCUCGUCCCAUAAUUGAUACACUGUGUAGCCUUAAAGCAGGUUCUGACGUCGUGCAUGGGUUCAGCGGGUCACUGCUGUGGAGGGGAGACGAUCCAUUACCAGUUUGUGUAUAUAAGUACGAGCGUGUGUGUAUGUAUUAAAUGUAUAUAUCCACACAUUUUUUUAUGUAUAGACAUAAUCUGUAGAUAACUUGAGUAUGGAAAAUCUUUUCUACUUACUGAAUCAAACCAAAUCAGAAGAUGUAUAGAUUAAAGAUUCAUCGAUACUCAAUUCACAUUUACUUCUUCCUUUUAGCAGCAAAUAUGAAGAGACAAAUUCUGCUUCUAGAAUAACUUUCAGGCAAAAUUUGAAAUGUUACUGAUUUCUCUUUCACAUGACCACUUGAAAUCUGGUGCCAUUUAGUAAAGGUAGUAAACUACUGUAAAAAUGUUUGAAUACUUUUCAUUUUUUAUGAAUUCUGCUUUUUGAGGCUUUUUAAAUGAAUGCUGCUUUUAUUUUUAUUUUUCCCUUGAUGUGAGUAAUUAGAGUAGAAUCUUAACUGGUCUUUCAUAAAGCCCCACAUAUUAUAAGCUCUCUGAAAUUGUGAUCUAUUAUGCAUUGUAACGAGGGCUUGCUGCUAUUUUAAUCUCCUCUGGAAGACCCACUGCUGCACUGUGGCGUUGUACCAUGAAGUACAUAUGCAUAGCUCUGAGGCGUGGAGGGAUGUUUUGUGACAUUUUGCUCUGUCACAUGCUCUGAUCUGCAAAAUUGAAGAGAAAAGGAUGGGUUUUAGGUUUAUAAAUGUGAUUUAGCAAUGUUCUGCUGUACUUGCUGGUAACAGUUUUAGUAAAUCCAUGUAACGUUACGUAGUGAUAAAGGCAAAGGGUUAAAAAUGUAAGUGGCAAAAGUGUUUUGGUAAAGUUAUUGUCAAGUAGGUUUUCAAUAACUUGAUUUUUUCUUCUUAUAAUAUUAUGCAUUGUGCAGUAAUGUAAUCGGAAUUGUUCAAACCCCCGGGGUGGUACGCUGUGUCACAGCUCUGCUAGCUACCGAGGGAAGGUAAGCAUUGAAAGCAAGAUAACCAUGUAAAAUGAAAUGCACUGCAAAAUAAAAUAAAGACAGCUGGAGCCAGCCAUUGUACAG